CCUGUCCACCUCUUCCCCCUUCGCUAGCCUCAGGCCACCGACCGGACGGCCACUGACUCCUUGUUUCACCUUCCUCCCGCAGAGACGCUGAUGGACUCCACAACAGCAACGGCAGAGCUGGGCUGGACGGUGCACCCUCCCUCGGGGUGGGAAGAGGUGAGCGGGUACGAUGAGAACAUGAACACGAUUCGCACCUACCAGGUAUGCAACGUCUUCGAAUCCAGCCAAAACAACUGGCUCCGGACCAAGUAUAUCCGGAGGCGAGGAGCACACCGCAUCCACGUGGAGAUGAAAUUUUCUGUUCGGGACUGCAGCAGCAUCCCUAAUGUCCCAGGCUCCUGUAAGGAGACUUUUAACCUCUACUAUUUUGAGUCAGACUUUGACUCGGCCACCAAGACUUUUCCUAACUGGAUGGAGAAUCCUUGGAUGAAGGUGGACACGAUUGCUGCCGACGAGAGCUUCUCUCAGGUGGACCUAGGUGGACGGGUGAUGAAGAUUAACACCGAGGUGCGCAGUUUUGGGCCUGUCUCCAAGAACGGUUUCUACCUGGCCUUCCAGGACUACGGAGGCUGCAUGUCCUUGAUUGCUGUCCGUGUCUUCUACCGCAAGUGUCCCCGUGUGAUCCAAAACGGGGCUGUCUUCCAAGAAACCCUCUCGGGAGCGGAGAGUACCUCGUUGGUGGCAGCCCGGGGGACGUGCAUCACCAACGCAGAGGAGGUGGACGUGCCGAUCAAGCUCUACUGCAACGGGGAUGGUGAAUGGCUGGUGCCCAUUGGCCGCUGCAUGUGCCGGGCGGGCUACGAGUCAGUAGAGAACGGGACCGUCUGCAGAGGCUGCCCAUCGGGGACGUUCAAGGCCAGCCAAGGGGAUGAAGGAUGUGUCCACUGCCCGAUUAACAGCCGGACGACUUCAGAAGGGGCCACUAACUGCGUGUGCCGAAAUGGAUAUUACCGGGCAGAUGCCGAUCCUGUCGACAUGCCGUGCACCACUAUCCCGUCUGCCCCUCAGGCUGUCAUCUCCAGCGUAAACGAGACCUCUCUGAUGCUGGAGUGGACCCCGCCGCGGGACUCGGGGGGCCGGGAGGACCUGGUGUACAACAUCAUCUGCAAGAGCUGCGGCUCCGGCCGCGGGGCAUGCACGCGCUGCGGGGACAACGUGCAGUUUGCCCCCCGCCAGCUGGGCCUGACGGAGCCCCGCAUCUACAUCAGCGACCUGCUGGCCCACACCCAGUACACCUUUGAGAUCCAGGCGGUGAAUGGUGUUACCGACCAGAGCCCCUUCUCCCCGCAGUUCGCAUCAGUGAACAUCACCACCAACCAGGCUGCUCCUUCUGCUGUGUCCAUCAUGCACCAGGUCAGCCGCACUGUGGACAGCAUUACCCUCUCAUGGUCUCAGCCUGACCAACCCAACGGAGUCAUUCUGGAUUAUGAGCUGCAAUAUUAUGAGAAGGAUCUGAGCGAGUUAAAUUCGACAACAGUGAAGAGCCCCACCAACACUGUGGCAGUGCAAAACCUCAAAGCUGGCACCAUCUACGUCUUCCAGGUGCGGGCACGUACUGUGGCCGGGUAUGGCCGGUAUAGUGGCAAGAUGUAUUUCCAGACCAUGACUGAAGCCGAGUACCAAACCAGUGUCCAGGAGAAGCUGCCGCUCAUCAUCGGCUCCUCUGCGGCAGGGCUGGUGUUCCUUAUCGCUGUAGUCGUCAUCGUUAUUGUGUGCAACAGAAGACGGGGCUUUGAGCGUGCUGACUCCGAGUACACUGACAAGCUGCAGCACUAUACCAGUGGCCACAGUACGUACCGCGGCCCCCCGCCAGGCCUGGGGGUCCGCUCGCUCUUCGUGACUCCAGGGAUGAAGAUUUAUAUUGAUCCAUUCACCUAUGAAGACCCCAACGAGGCUGUCAGGGAAUUUGCAAAAGAAAUCGAUAUCUCUUGUGUCAAAAUCGAGCAGGUGAUUGGGGCAGGGGAGUUUGGUGAGGUGUGCAGUGGGCAUCUCAAGCUUCCUGGCAAAAGAGAGAUCUUUGUGGCCAUCAAGACCCUGAAGUCUGGUUACACAGAGAAGCAGAGACGGGACUUCUUGAGCGAAGCCAGCAUCAUGGGGCAGUUCGACCACCCCAACGUCAUCCACCUAGAGGGGGUGGUGACCAAGAGUUCACCAGUCAUGAUCAUUACUGAGUUCAUGGAGAAUGGCUCACUGGACUCCUUCUUGCGGCAAAACGACGGGCAGUUCACAGUAAUCCAGCUGGUGGGCAUGUUGCGGGGCAUUGCGGCUGGCAUGAAGUAUCUGGCCGAUAUGAACUAUGUGCACCGGGACCUGGCUGCCCGCAACAUCCUGGUGAACAGCAACCUGGUCUGCAAAGUGUCCGACUUCGGCCUCUCCCGUUUUCUGGAGGAUGACACCUCUGAUCCCACCUACACCAGUGCACUGGGUGGGAAAAUCCCAAUACGGUGGACAGCACCUGAGGCAAUUCAGUACCGAAAAUUCACAUCGGCCAGUGAUGUAUGGAGCUAUGGAAUAGUCAUGUGGGAGGUGAUGUCCUAUGGCGAGCGGCCUUACUGGGAUAUGACCAAUCAAGAUGUGAUAAAUGCUAUCGAGCAGGACUAUCGGCUGCCACCACCUAUGGAUUGCCCAAAUGCCCUGCACCAGCUAAUGCUUGACUGUUGGCAGAAGGAUCGAAACCACAGACCCAAAUUUGGGCAAAUUGUCAACACCUUAGAUAAAAUGAUCCGAAAUCCCAACAGCCUGAAAGCCAUGGCACCUCUUUCCUCUGGGAUGAACCUCCCCCUACUUGACCGCACAAUCCCGGAUUAUACCAGCUUCAACACUGUGGAUGAAUGGCUGGAUGCCAUCAAGAUGAGCCAGUACAAGGAGAGCUUUGCCAGUGCUGGCUUCACCACCUUCGACGUAGUAUCUCAGAUGACUGUAGAGGACAUUCUGCGAGUUGGGGUCACUUUAGCAGGACACCAGAAGAAAAUUCUGAACAGUAUCCAGGUGAUGAGAGCACAGAUGAACCAAAUUCAGUCUGUGGAGGUUUGA